AUGUGUUUGCUCAAUGAUUCUACUGCCCCCACAGUUUGUGGGGGGGAUGUCAAUGUGGGGCAAAUUAUGACCAAAAUGGUACGGACCUAUAAAAAGAAAAUGAAGCAAUAUAAUGAAGUUACAAUUGCAGUAGCAAUUAAUGAUGUAAUAGGAGGAUCAUCUAUCAAGAGAACUGCUAAGAAAUAUGGAAUGAGUAGUGGAAUGUUGUGGAACCGUGUCCAGAUGAAAAAAUCUAAUACUGAACACAAGGAUAAUAGGGGAAGGAAGAUUUGUCUUGGUACAGAGUUGGAAGACAAGUUGAAGAAUCUCCUUAAGAGGAUGGAAAAGAUGGGGCUAGGUCCCACCUUCUUGGAACUCCAGGAUAUAGUACAUGACUAUCUCAUUGCCAAUGAAAUAAGCACUCCAUUCAAAGACAACCGACCUGGACGUGAUUGGGUUAACAGCUUCCUGCUCAGACAUAAUAUGACAUUAAAAAAAGGAGGACAAAUGCAGUUGGCCCCCAAGAGUGUUACUUCAGAUCCAUUUGUUAUUUAUGGAUUUUACGACAUGCUUGAGAAGGAAAUGGAUCGUCUCAAUAUCAAAGAUCGUCCAGAGUGUAUUUAUAACUUGGAUGAAACGGGGUUCCCAAUGGACCCAUCAAAGUCCAAGACAAUUGGGUCAAAGGGAGAAAAAACAGUGAGGCUCACACAUGGCGCUAACAGAGAGAACAUUACCGUCCUCGCAACAUGCUGUGCAGAUGGUACAUGUCUUGAUCCCCUUGUAGUUUUCAAGGGCAAGAAAAUGCAGUCAACUUGGAUAGGAGAUGAAGCACUCCCAGGCACACAGUACGCUGUUACUGAAUCUGGAUGGAUGACAAGUGCUGUGUUUGAGGACUAUUUUAAGACAUUAGCAAAAAAAGACUGCUAA